AUGGAUGCGCCGGAUACGAAGACGGCGAGUCAAGCCGUUUCGAACAAGACCAAACAAGCCCGCUCUGCUGCGCGUAGCAAGUCCCCGACGAGCACGACCCCCAACGAGCUGGAUCGACGUCAUCAGGGGAGCGACGAUGACUCCAACGUCGGUGAUGACAGCCAGGCAGACGAGGAGGAAGAUGAGGAAGACUCAGAUGAGGAGGAUGAGGAGGAGCCCAGGCUUAAAUAUGCGUAUCUCACCAAGCACCUGAAGCCGGUAUACCGCAAUGGGGAUGCGACGAGCUCCUUCCUCACCGCAGGAGAUAAGAUGAUCGUCGGCACCCAUAACGGCAAUAUUCAUGUGCUAGGACUGCCUCUGCUACAGUCUCUCCGCAUCUACCAUGCGCACUCGGCUAGUGUCACUUCCAUAUCUAUAUCGCCGUUCCCGCCUCCUCUGCCAAGCCUCAAGUCCGAUGUUGCAAGCAAACAACCUGCCGAGGAGCAUGCCCCGCCGACCCGAUCAUCCAUGAGUGCGAGCAGUAUCCGUGGAUCAAAGACAGGCCACAAUGCAAGCAUCCCGCCGACCCCGUCGAACUCGAUUUAUAUUGCGACCUCAUCCAUUGAUGGCAACGUAUGCGUCUCGUCGCUGGUGGACUCCAAGGAUGUGCUGUUGCGGAAUUUCGGUCGUCCGGUUCAAUCAGUUGCUUUAUCUCCAGAUUACAAAAGCGACAGGACUUUUAUUUCUGGUGGCCGAGCCGGUGAAUUGAUUCUGACCACAGGCGGUCGUGUCGGCACAAGUUCCAACUCAACAACAAUGGGCGGUGCAGCUGUGACUGCGUCAAGCUGGCUGGGGUCGAUGGGACUGGGCUCUAGUAGCGGCAAAGACACGAUUUUACACAGCGGAGAAGGUGCUAUCAGCACUGUCAAGUGGUCUACGUCUGGAAAAUAUGUUACCUGGGUGAACGAAGAAGGAAUCAAGAUUAUGCGCUCCAAUUUGCAUCUGGAUUCUUCCCAAUCAGAGUUUGCCUGGAAGCGGAUUAGCCAUAUCGAUCGUCCCAACCGCCCGGGCUGGGAUGAGAUGGCGAGUGUCUGGAAGGCGCGUGCCGAAUGGAUCGACACAUCUGCAUUAGACAGCCACGACAAUCUCGAUGCUACCGACACUGCUUCCCGCAGUGAAACGCAGUCAGUCAUGCCGUCCGAAAAGCGUGAGAAGUUGGUUGUUGGCUGGGGAGGUACCGUUUGGGUGAUUGAUGUGUACCCUGACCGCGCAAGCAAGGCCUCCAAGGGCGAGAGAUACGGAUCUGCAGAGGUUGCCACGAUUUUACGGACGGAUUGCGUGGUAUCUGGUAUUUCGCUGUACACGCCUCGCCUCCUUGUUGUUCUUGCAUACACAGAAGCCGACAGCGAUUCCACCCAAGAGACCAAGAAAGGCACCGGUCGUCGUCGACAAAAAGCCCUAGAGCCUGAACUCCGAGUUAUUGACAUUGAAACGAAGGAAGAACUCAGUGCUGAUACGCUGUCUGUCAGUCGCUUUGAGGGACUUUCUUCAUCGGACUAUCAUCUGAGCGUCCUCCCUCCGUGGAAGACCCCUGAAGGUCAGGUAGUCCAGCGCGGCGCGCUUGGGACCCUUGGUUAUGGCCUCUGGGACGCCACCAUAUACUCUGCACGACUCUUCAGCUCUGCUAACAGCAUCCGCAGCACCACCAGUAGUGGUGACAAGGGAUCUGGCAGAAUCCCGCCGUCUUUUGCCUCUCGAAAUCUCUCAAGCGACGAGUCUCUUCCCAAGGAAGUCCAAGAUGUUGCGGGUGCGCCGGGCGCCAAGAUUUUCAUCCACAGCCCAUAUGACUGCGUCGUUGCUGUGAAGAGGGAUUUGGCGGAUCGGUUAUCAUGGCUAGAUUCUCAUGGACGUUACGAAGAAGCAUGGCAUCUUGUUGAUGAGCAUCCUGAAGCUGCAGGCACUAUAUCCGAUCUCAGUGAAGCGGCAGCUGAAGCAGCCCAAUCACACUCUAGCCUGGGUGACUUCUUUGCUGAUGAUCGAUCAUCAAUCACGGGUGCUGGUCGAGCGAAAGUAUCUGCAGCAGAGCAGGAAAAGGCUCGGCUAGGGGAGCACUGGAUUGAUCAGCUUGUUGCCGAAGAGAAAUGGAGCGAAGCUGCCCAAGUUUGUGGUAAAGUAUUGCGCAGUGCGUCACGAUGGGAACAUUGGGCAUGGGCAUUUAUCAAGAAGAACAAACAGGAUGAGAUCACACCAUACAUCCCGGCUGAUCUACAUCCACUGCUUCCUCCCAUUAUCUACGAAGCCCUUCUCAGCCAUUACGUUUCUCGAGACCUUCAGCGGUUCAAAGAGCUGGUUGAGACAUGGCCUGCUGACUUGUUUGAUGUCAACACUGUGACAAUGGCUAUCGAAGAACAACUCAACUCGGGAUCGGUGCCUGUUGAAUCCGGAGAUUGGCGAAUUCUCAUGGAUUGCAUUGCCAAACUGUUCCUGGCUGGUGGUCACUACCGUGAAGCGUUGCGCUGCUACAUUCGCCUGCAAGAUGCAAAUGCAGCCAUGUCUUUGAUCCGGACCCACCGCUUGCUUGACGCUGUUUCUGACGACAUUCCCGCUUUUAUCAUGAUCCGCGUUUCCAAAGAGCAAAUGAAGUAUGCUCCGGUCUCUGAACUCGAAGAGGCAACCGCCGAGUCUAUCAAACUGCUUGUCAGUGAAGCAUACACGGGUAUCGUCCGUCCGGAAACCGUGGUGUCACAGCUUCAGGCCGCAGAUAAACGCCUGUUCCUCUACUUCUAUCUUCGCGCUUUAUGGCGCGGCGAGUCACUUCCACACGAGGUGGCCAAGCCACGACGAGGUCAUGGGGCCCACGCUCGCGAUGCAGCCAGCAAACUGGCUGCAGAUGAGGGCAAGGCGUUGAUCGACAAUUUCGCCGACACGGCAGUUGAGAUUUUUGUCGAGAAGGACCAGCCCUUACUGAUGGAGUUCCUGCAAACAAGCGUCUCUUACUCUUUCGAUACUGCCCUUUCCAUCUGCGAACGUUAUCACUUCACCCAGGGACUGAUCUAUUUACUGUCCAAGAUGGGCCAGACAAAGCGAGCGUUGAACUUGAUCUUGUCGGAUCUGAAAGACGUCUCCCAGGCCAUCUCAUUUGCAAAGUCCCAGAAUGACCCAGAUCUCUGGGAAGAUCUGCUCAAUUACUCGAUGGACAAGCCGCGAUUUAUUCACGGCCUGCUUGUCGAAGCUGGAACAGCCAUUGACCCGAUCAAGCUUGUGCGCCGGAUCCCGAGCGGCCUUGAGAUCGAGGGCCUUACGGAGGGUCUCACUCGACUGAUCCGUGAACACGACCUGCAGGCCAGCAUCAGCCAAGGCGCUGCUCGGAUUUUGCAGAGUGAGGUCGCUUUGGGGAUGGAUGCCUUGCGGAAGGGACAGCGCCGAGGAAUCAAGUUCGACAUUAUCGACGAUGACGUCCACGACGAAGGGAAUGCUCCAAACGGGGCUGUAAAGAGGCAGGACCAACACGCAGAGCCACAACCCGGUGCAUCGAAGAAACCGACUGGUGCCCUCCAACCGGGAAGAUGUGGAGGCUGCCACGCCCCCUUCCAACCCAACGAACGAGAAAUCCUCAUUGGUUUUGCCUGCGGUCACGUCUUCCAUCUAUCCCACCUACAUCCGGAGACAGAGGAGGAGCAGCAGCAGGAACCACCAAACCAGGACAUCUCUACCCCUUCUCAUGACGAAUCCCCAUCAUCCACCACCGUAUCACGCACCGUCGGCCCGAAAGUGACAACUGCACGACUUCUGCGCGACAAGAUCGGCGAUGGGUGUCGUAUUUGCACUCUCACAAGAAAGAUCGAGGCCCUGGAAGGCUAG